GCCAGCUUGGGGCCGGCGCCCUCCCUAGGGUGGAGGUGUGACGCCGUGGCGGGAAGAUGGCGACUGCGGCGAGCCUCCCGGCUUCGGCCACGGCCCUCGGGGAGGUGGAGGAUGAGGGGCUCCUGGCGUCGCUGUUCCGCGACCGCUUCCCGGAGGCCCAGUGGCGGGAGAAGCCGGACGUGGGCCGCUACCUGCGGGAGCUGAGCGGCUCCGGGCUGGAGCGUCUGCGGCGCGAGCCCGAGCGCCUGGCAGAGGAGCGGGCGCAGCUGCUGCAGCAGACGCGCGAUCUGGCCUUCGCCAACUACAAGACCUUCAUCCGCGGCGCCGAGUGCACCGAGCGCAUCCACCGCCUCUUCGGCGACGUGGAGGCGUCGCUCGGCCACUUGCUCGAUCGCUUGCCCAGCUUCCAGCAGAGCUGCAGGAACUUUGUGAGAGAGGCUGAGGAGAUCAGCUCCAGUCGCCGGAUGAACACCCUGACGCUGAAUCGACACAUGGAGAUCCUGGAGAUCUUGGAGAUUCCUCAGCUCAUGGAUACCUGUGUCCGCAACAGCUAUUAUGAAGAGGCCCUGGAGCUUGCAGCCUAUGUCCACCGUCUGGAAAGGAAAUACUCUUCCAUCCCUGUCAUCCAGGGCAUUGUGACUGAGGUGCGCCAGUCCAUGCAGCUGAUGCUGAGCCAGCUGAUCCAGCAGCUGAGGACCAACAUUCAGCUCCCUGCCUGCCUCCGUGUCAUUGGCUUCCUGCGGUGCAUGGAUGUCUUCACAGAGGCUGAGCUGAGAGUCAAGUUUCUUCAAGCCCGAGACGCUUGGCUCCGCUCCAUCUUGACUGCCAUCCCUAAUGACGAUCCCUACUUCCACAUCACCAAAACCAUCGAGGCUUGCCGUGUCCAUCUGUUCGAUAUCAUCACCCAGUACCGGGCCAUCUUCUCAGAUGAGGACCCACUGUUGCGCCCAGCCACGGGCGAGCAUGUUGUGAAUGAGAGUGCCAUCUUCCACGGCUGGGUGCUGCAGAAAGUCUCCCAGUUCCUGCAGAUGCUGGAGUCCGACCUGCACCGGGGGAUCGGCGGUCGCCUAGACUCUCUCCUGGGCCAAUGCAUGUACUUUGGGCUAUCCUUCAGCCGCGUUGGGGCUGAUUUCCGUGGCCAGUUGGUUCCAGUUUUCCAGCGGGUGGCCAUCAGCACUUUCCAGAAGGCAGUUCAGGAAGCUGUGGAGAAGUUUCAGGAUGAAAUGAUCUCCUACACCCUCAUCUCAGCUCCAGCCAUCCUGGGCAGCUCUAACCUUCCUGCAGCUGUGCCAGUCACCCAGCCUGGGACCCUGCAGCCACCAAUGGUUCUCUUAGACUUCCCACCCCUCGCCUGCUUCCUCAACAACAUUCUGGUGGCCUUCAAUGAUCUGCGUCUCUGCUGCCCUGUGGCCCUAGCACAGGAUGUGACUAGGGCCCUGGAGGAUGCCCUUGCCAAGGUCACCAAAGUAAUUCUGGCGUUCCAUCGUGCUGAAGAGGCCGCCUUCAGCAGUGGGGAGCGAGAGCUCUUCGUCCAGUUCUGCACUGCUUUCCUGGAAGACCUUGUUCCUUAUUUAAAUCGCUGUCUCCAAGUCCUUUUUCCACCAGCUCAGAUAGCACAGACAUUGGGCAUCCCGCCCGCCCAGCUCUCCAGGUACGGGCACCUGGGCCACGUGGACGCCGGCGCCUUCCAGGAGCCGCUCGCCUUCCUGCUGCCGAAGAGAGAGCCGCUCCCGGGGCUGGACGACGAGGCGGUGGCCGAGCCCGGCGUGCCCGCUCCGGCCGCGGAGCCAGACCUCGCGCCCGAGGCCCCGAGGCUGAACCCUCAGGGAGAGCAGGUGGUGUGGCAGGCCAGCGGGUGGGCAGCCCGCAUCGUGCAGCACGAGAUGGACCACUUACAGGGCUGCCUGUUCAUUGACAAAAUGGACACCAAGACGUUUACCAAUGUCCACUGGAUGGAGGUGAAUGACUGAAGCUGCCCUGCAGCAUCCAAGAUGCCCAUUACGGAGACAAACACUUGGCCUUUGAGUUGGGCCUGCAUCAACUUGGCAUCCACUUGGCUUUGACUGACAGAGAAUGCUGGACAACCAAAGCAGGCCAAAGCGAACUGUUUGGAAAGAUGUUAAGUAUUUGCCCUGAAAGAUUUUGAGCAAAAUGCUGCCUUCAACUGGAGAAGAAAAUACUUCACUACGGAGAGAUUUCCUGAUAAUUGGGUAGAGAUAAAUGGAACGAGUCAACCACUUUCAGGACUGCAAUAAGGGCUCCCUAAAGCCAAAAUUUAUUCCCCAGGUAUCUAAAGACUGUUGAAAAAUGCAGGCCAAGUUUGUGUGGCCAUAUUCACCAAGUUCAGACCUUCAUUGGGCCUUGUGUGUAUCUUACUGCAGGGCCUCUCUUGGCCCUAGGCAUCACUUUGCUGAUGGAAAUAAAAUGCAGGAGAGAAUGGCCCACGCUCCUGGAAGGGCUUAAUGACUCGUUAGUUUUUGGGGGGCACACCCAGAAGUGUUCAGGGCUUCUGGCUCAGGAACUCAAGUGCAGAGGACCAAACCUGGGCCUCCUGCAUGUGAAGCAUAUACUCAGUAAUUGGGCCAGUUCUCCAGCUUAAUGCCAGUGAGUGCCACACACUGUAACAGGUUCAUCUCCACGCUAGCCUCCGCCUUUUGGUUUCCACCUUUAGUAGAUAGGGAAGAGUUUUCUGCUGGUAUCUCUUGGGCAUGGUACUUUGCUCAUUCUUUGGGAGGAGACAUGGAGCUGGGUAAGGGGAGGAACGAUAAUUAAAAACAAUUUAGAAGCUUCUUCCUGUCACAGAAGCAGAAAGAAAUUGUGCUUUCUGGUCACAACUCCUGAUUU